AUGUUAGUCGAGGAUGAGAUAGUUGGCUUAAAAAGUGCACAGCAAACUGCUCUAAAGCCCGCCCCCACAGGACUCGAGGGCGAAGGAACUUUGAACGAUGCUGUAAGAGAUCUGAUAACAAGCUACCACGACCUCAACCCCUCCACAAUCGACAUCCUGCAUGAAGAACCCUCACCUCUAGAGUUCAUGCGCUAUGUAGCGCGGAACCGCCCAUUCGUCAUCCGCAGUGGAGCCAAAGACUGGAAGGCCAGGAAGCGAUGGACCGCCGCCUACCUCACCAACGUAAUGGCAGGCCAAAACGUCAACGUAGCAACCACACCACAUGGGAACGCCGAUUCCGUCAUCUCCCUCCCCAGCGGCGGCUCACUCUUCGUCAAACCCUACGAGACAGAGCAGCGCUUCGAGUCCGUCAUCCACGCCAUUCAACAGCAGGAACUAGAGACAGACGACUAUGACGGACCAACUCGGUAUGCGCAGACGCAAAACGACAACCUGCGCAACGAGUACGAAACGCUCUUUGCCGACGUCCCCGCCUCCAUUCCCUUCGCGAGGAUAGCGCUCGAAAAAGACCCCGAUGCGAUUAACUUCUGGCUCGGAAACUCGCACUCGGUUACCGCGCUGCACAAAGACAACUAUGAGAACGUCUAUGUGCAGGUUCUAGGAAAGAAACAUUUCGUUCUGCUGCCACCCGUGGAGGCGCCGUGCAUCAACGAGAAGGCUGUUUUGGCUGCUACGUAUGCUCCGAGAGACGAGGCUGUAUCAGGAGAUGAGCAAGAAGGAGUAAGGAAGGAGGAUCUUCGUGUUCGAAUCGAUGACCCGGAGGAGUAUGUUCCCUUCGCAACGUUUGAUCCCGAUCACCCCGGCCAAAAUGCAAAUGCAUAUUCGCAAUUUUCGCGGCCGCUCCGCGUUACGCUGGAUGAGGGCGAUAUGCUCUAUCUCCCUGCACUAUGGUAUCACAAAGUAUCUCAGAGCUGUAGUGACGAAGGGAUUUGCUGUGCGGUAAAUUACUGGUAUGAUCUAGAUUUUAGCGGCGGAUUUUGGAGCAUGGCAAACUUUACACGAAGCGUGGGGCUUUUGAGUAUAGCAGGCAAUGAGAUUGAGGCAAAAGUAGGAUGA